GCUCACUAGUCUCAAGACAGUAUUUAACGAAUCCUGAGCGUUAAUCUGAACUUUAAUUUCUACCGGCCAGUUUCAGGUCCUUCUAAAAAAGAGAUGUACAAUAUAAUUAUUGAUUGAUAGUUGAGCCGUAUAAAAAAGCAGUUGAUAACAUCAACAGUGUCUGAAACAUUCUAGUAUUGAAGUUAAAUGUUAGUGAAGCAUCUGAGUAAAAUGUCGGUAAAAAAAGGUUUUUCUAUCUCAACUGCAGUCCAAUUAGGUGAUUUAGAAUUAUUGAUAUCAUUGCUACAAAAUGGCAGCGAUCCGAAUGCAGUCGAUGCCGAAGGCAUGGCACCGCUGAAUCUCAUCUGCAAUCAACUUGAAUUGACUGAUGUUCAUUUGACGAUGAUGCAACAACUCAUCAAAUUCAAAGCCGAUGUUAACAUCAACAAAAAUCCCAAACAACACAGUCCAAUGAUACAUCUCUUCGUGGAUGAAAAAAAAGAAAAAUUUCGUUACGAAGCGUUGAAGUUACUCAUAGAAAAUAAGGCCGAUAUUAUGCAAACCAAUCACAGGGGUGACCAAGUAUUGCAUACGAUUCUGCGCCAAAACCAGUAUACAAUUACCAUCGAAUUAAUUGAAUUACUGAUAAAACACAGUGUAGACGUGAAUAUCCAAAAUCGCGAAGGAGAUUGUCCUCUCUUUCUGGCUACCAAUUUUCCAAGAACUGAAGUAGCCGAAUUUUUAUUAAAAAAUGGCUCUAAUCCCAAUUCUCUUCAUAAGAAUUAUGGAACGUUGUUACGACGCAUCUGUAAUAAAGGUUGCUUAAAGUAUAUGGAUUUUAAAAUGAUUCAACUUCUUAUUCAGUACGAUGUAGAUGUAAACUCAACUGCUCCAAUAUUGGCUCUAUAUACAUGCAAAUUUUUUCACGAUGAUGCGGACUUAUUAUUGCGUGAGGAUAUAUUGAAAUUACUUCUCGAAAACGAUGCCGACCCUUCAGUUGUUUGCGAAACUCAUGGACCAAUACCAAUUAUGAUUCUUUAUAAGAUGCAUAUUAAUUUCAGUAUAGAAAUUGUCAAAUUGCUAUUGGAAUAUGGAAUAGAUAUAAACAUAAAAGAUGCAUCUGGUAAUACUCCACUGCAUGCAGCUGUUAAGCAAGGUAAUAGAGAAAUGUCAACAUUUUUUUUACAACAUGGAGCAGAUCCAAAUAUUGUUAAUAAAUGUGGCAAUACACCACUGAAUAGUAUUUGUGUUCAAUAUCACUUUAUAAAUGAGUACUUGCAAGUAGUUCAAUGCCUCCUCUGCUAUAAAGCUGACGUAAAUAUUCAAAAUAAUAGAGGAAAUACUGCAUUAGUUAGUCUAUUUCAUAAAAGAAUAGAAUAUAACUUGUGCUACAAAAUAUUAAAGUUACUUUUGGAAAAUAAUGCUGAUGUUACAACUCGAAAUAAAGAGGGCAAGACUGUAUUACAUGUGAUCAUUCAAAAUGCAGAUAUUGAAAACCGUUAUGGGUAUGAUUUCAAUGAAGAAAUCUGCCGGUGCAUGGAGUUGAUAAUUCAACAUGGUUUAGACAUUAAUGUUCAAGAUAGGAAUGGGCUUUCUCCACUUAACGAGGCUGUCUCAUAUUGCAAUUUAGAUUUCGUCAGAUUUCUUUUAACACAUGGGUCCCAAGUAGCUAAUGUUUGGUUCGAAGGUGGCUAUUUUCAAUGUAAAAAUGAUAUUUUACCGGACCUUACCAAGACGCAAAAUAUUUUGGAUAUUAUUGAUAUUUUAGAAAAUAAAGGCUUUCAAAUGAGAAAUGAUCAGGUUUUAUCAGUAUUGAAAUUUUUGACAGGAUACUAUGUGCCGAUACACUGUCUUAAACUAGAAGAUGUUUUGGAAUCAGGAUCUACUUUUGCUAUAAACAACUACAUUAAAAGUCGUCGAUUGGGAAAGACAGAAUUCAAUAUAAUUUACAAUUAUCUGAACUUAGCUAAGUAUGGAAUGAUUCAUAUGGAUAAAAAAGCGUACAAAGAUUUGCUAAGCAAUUUGGAAAGUUUAGAUUCCACCGAUUAUACUCUUAACAAUAUCGAUAUAAAGAAAAAUAUUGAAAAGUAUAUAGAGGAAGCCAAAAAAGUUAUGAUUGGUGAAAAGACUUCUCUUCUGGACAUUUGUUCUUCGUGUCCAGAUAAAACAUACUCGCUAUUGAAGAAUUGUGACUAUAAAUCUGUGGUAAAUUCUCAACACUUUAAAAAAACUUUUGGAGAAAUCUCAAGUAUUUUAAAGGGACAUAUUAAUAAGAGUUUAGUUAGGAGAUUUUCAAAAAAAAUUUCUCUAGGCUCUUUAAAACAUUUAAGUAUGGGUGAUUUAUACCUUAUCUCGGUUGUGAAAACAUAUAAUGUUUGAACGACAACUAUUCAUGCUGCAUUUAUAAAUCAGUUUAGAAAUAAGUUUUAUUGAAAAUUUCAAUAUUUUUUAUUUUCAUGUGAAAAUGUUAAAGUCUAUAGUAUUUGAUUACUUGAAUUAAUGUAAGGUUCAAACUACAAUUGAAAAAGACAAGUAAAUAUUCAACUGUACCAAGUAGGGGUGAAAGAAAAUUAUUUUUGUAAAAAUGAUUAGUUUACAUUUUUCUUCUGAUAUUAUUGUAUGAAGUCGAAAGCGUUUCAUGAUCAAAGUACAAGAACUACACUGCAUAUGAAUGUAAUUCAUGUGCAUAUAAUUUGAAUUUGCAAAAAAAAAAACUAACUCUUUUUUGUCUUAUUGCUAUUAACGAGGCAAAAGGUUUGAGCACCUCUGAUGCAACUUAUUUCUUCAAUUGUCUCACUUGGCGAUGAAAUUGUAUGUUAUAAUUGUCAAACGUAUAUAUAAUAUGUUUAAGGGUUCAUAACUUACCGUUAAUGCCGUAAUUGUUUUCGUUUUUAAAAAUACUUUUUUGAUAUGUUUAAAUGUAUCAUUUGUUUCAAUAUGACUAUUUGCUACUUAUCUUUGCAACUUAAAAUUCUAAUAAAAUUAUUUUAAUUAUGAUGA